AUGCAAGUCAAGUGUGUUCGGGCCUAUUGUACGGAGGUGGUCGAGGAGGCGAAGGAGAUCCCACCUGACCCCGCCUUUGCACAGGGGCUGAGCCUUGAUGCCUUCGAGCAUUGCGUCAAGGCCUUGCAAGGCCGCCUGGCUGAGCAGCGGGCACCGGCGGCUGCAGAGCUGCUAAGCCGAGCACUCGCCGUGCUUGCGGUCGCUGAGGGGGAGGGUGCCGCGCUGGAGGCUGAGGCUCUCGAAGCGCCAAAGGCGUCGGAGGAGGCAACGGAGGAGGCGCAGCCGCCCGACGGCGCAAGAAAGCCUGAGGACUCCAUGCAAGACCAGGAAAACAUCGCUCCACAAGCGACGAAGCCUGCCAAGAAGGGCAAGAAGCGCCUGUCGGUCGCCGAGACCGAAUGGUCCUUCUCCUAUUUCAAAUCAGAGACGGGCUUGCAGUUCCUGAUGGAUACUGGCAUGCUCGAUCCCGACUCGAAGCCCAGACAGGCCUCAGUGGUCAAGGAAAAGAGGGCACGACCUCCUCCCCCACCGCCCCCAAGGACGCCGUGGAAUCCUCGUCUUGUGGGUGAGCCUAUGGAGGAGCCUGAGAAGGAGGCAAGCCCGGAGAACCGGGCCGAAGAGGAGGACGAGGAGGUCGAAGACGGCUGGCCAGGGGCCGGCUUCGGAGGCAAUGAGUUCGGGGCCUUGCCGGAGGAGGCGAACCAGCCGCAGUUCUUCCACCCUGCGCAGCGCGUUCCCAUCAUGGCGGUGCAAGACGAAGCGCCCUUUGGGCCCCAUCCGGACAAGAAGGGGCCGACUUGGGACGUCUACGGCGAGCCGCGCGGCCCGAAGGGGAAGAUCUCUCAAGCGUAUGUGGGCGUGAACACGGACUACAUGGAGGUCGAAGGGGCCACAGGCCGGAAGACCAACACCGCAGCCUUGGCGCACAAGCGCAGCCACGUCAAGGGCCUCGGCGACAACCACAUGUUGGUGGAGGUCAUGCCAGGGGCCUGCCGAUUUGGUCCACUGCGUCAAGGCUCGCUCUACAGAAUGUCCGUAUACGUGCGGAACCUGGAGGUUGACGUCACAAGGUUCAAUGUCAAGCCGCCGGAGAGCAAGCUGGUGAACGUGAAGUGGCAGCCAGGCCACCUGGCCCCAGGCAUGGCGACCAAGCUCACUGUCGAGGUCUUGGCCCUAGAGCCUGCGAGAAUCGAGCAGUUGCUGGAGGUCCACACCAAGGCCCACGUCAUCCGCGUGCCGAUCACAGCUCGAAUAGUUGGCGCCGAAGAGUACGACCGGCUAGAUGCUGAGUCGAUGGCUCUGCACGGCCGACGAAUCGGGCGGCACCGCGAGAAGUCGGAGACACACAAGCCCGGACCGGUGCAGCUCAUCACGGAGCCGAGCUACUGCAAGAAGGUCAUGGGCCCGACAUGGCAACCGCCUCCCGUGGAGUUCGAUGACCUCCCUGCCACAGAGCUCCUCCGUUAA